AUGCAUAUGCUAAGUACUAUACUGACUGUUUUAUUGGCUCUAUGCUUGACACCAUUGAAUGCCAGUCUUUUACCCGUCGCAGCGGACGUAGCUCCUAGUAGACCAAUUCCAGGUCGUUCGCCAUUCAGUCAAUGUAGAAUCCUCGAACCUCAAGCUUUAUCUAUUGAAAGGGUCGAUUUUGAACCAGGGACUCCUCGUACCGGGCGUAAUCUCACUAUUACGGCAUCAGGUAUCCUAAGUGAACCGAUUACCAAUGGUUCAUACGUUAAAAUUGAAGUUAAACUAGGCUAUAUCAAGCUACUAACAGAUACAUUCGAUCUUUGUGAAUUACUGGCUGAUAAUGUCAAAGAUUUAGCUUGUCCAAUCGUUGAAGGUUACUAUGAUUUGGUAAAAACCAUUAGAAUUCCACCGGAAGUACCCCCUGGCAGAUACACUGUUUCAGCAAAGGCUUACACAGUUGACAACAACUUGAUUACUUGCAUAAAGGGUAACCUCAUUAUUGCCCCAAGCUUUUAA